ACUAGUCAAAUAAAGACUACUAUAAAAACAAAAACUCUAGAUCACCCUUUACCCUCAAUAAUGAAAUACACACAUAUAUAUAUAUAUAUACACGCAUCCAACAUUUGAGUUCUAAACACAACACAAUCAUUAGACUUUCAUUACCAAAGAAAAUAACAAACUAAGUAAUGUCUCCACUUAAUUUCUUCCUAACCCUACUUCUAAUGUCCACUACUCGGACUAUAGUAGCCCAAGUCCCUUCCAACAAAACAUUCAAGAUCAUAAACCAAGGCGAGUUCGGGGAUUACAUCACCGAAUACAACGCUAACUAUAGAAUCAUUCAUACCGAAAGCCAGAGUAAUAUUUUCUCUUCAGGUCCUUUCCAACUAUUUUUCUACAAUACUACUCCAAACGCAUAUAUCUUAGCCAUCCGAGCUGGUCACCCAAAAGACGAAUCUCUCAUGCGUUGGGUUUGGGACGCCAAUCGAAACAACCCUGUGGGAGAAAAAUCCACUCUCUCUCUUAACCGCGACGGAAACCUGGUCCUCGCGGAGUCUAACGGUCGGGUCAAAUGGCAGACAAAUACCGUUAACAAAGGCGUAACAGGUCUCCGUCUCAUACCUAAUGGUAACCUCGUACUACACGACAAGAACGGCGGGUUCGUUUGGCAGAGCUUCGACCACCCAACCGACACUCUUCUCACCGGUCAGUCUCUUAAAACCGUCCGAGUCAACAAACUCGUGAGCCGUAAAUCCGAUACCGACGGCUCAGACGGUCCUUACACUAUGGUUCUCGACAACAAAGGUUUAACCAUGUACGUUAACAAGACUGGUAAGUCUCUUGCUUACGGAGGAUGGACGGAGAGAGACUUCAACGGUUCCGUCACUUUUGACGUUACAAGGGAAAUAGACAACGUAACUGUUCCGUCCGCUUACGAGAUUGUCUUGAAGUUAGGCUCUGCCGAUGAGAAUCCAGGGAACAAACGGCGACGGUUGCUACAGGUAAGGAAGAUCGGAAACGCCGUGACGAUAAUCCUUAACAAGAUUAACUACGACGGGACGACGUCGUUUCUUAGACUUGGCUCAGACGGAAGCCUCAAAGCUUUCACUUACUUCGAAAGGGCUACGUAUCUAAAAUGGGAAGAAACUUUCGCUUUCUUCUCGACUUACUUCGUCCGACGUUGCGGACUACCGUCAUGGUGCGGUGAAUUUGGUUACUGCGACGACGGGAUGUGCGUCGCGUGUCCUACGCCUAAGGGCUUGAUCGGUUGGAGCGAGAAGUGCUCGCCACCGAUUAAAACGACGCGGUUUUGUGGGGGUAAGGGUAAAAGCGUAAACUAUUAUAAGAUUGUUGGCGUGGAGCAUUUUAAUGGUCCUUAUGUUGAUGAUGGUGAAGGGCCAACUACGGUUAGUGAUUGCAAGAAGAAGUGCGAUGGCGAUUGCAAGUGUUUAGGGUUCUUCUUUAAAGAGAAGACUAAUAAGUGUUUGCUUGCUCCUUUAUUAGGAACACUUAUCAAAGAUGUUAAGACUUCCAUUGGUUACAUGAAAUAUUAGUGUUUAGUUUUUUUUAGUAAACCAGAUUGUAUCAUCUUUACAUAUAUUGUCUUUUUGGAUACUUUUUGUUUAUUUACUAGUAAUCGAUUUGGAUUUU